AUGGUAUUCAAAUCAGUAGUCUUAGCUUCAUUGUCCAUAUUUGCAGUAUCAGUCACUGCUGCACAAAGUCAUAAUAUCUUCCUUGGAUGUACAGAUCCAUUAGCUACUCCAAUUCGACCUGUCAGAGUUCAAGCUGAUUCAGCUUCAAAUUGCGUCGAGGUUUGUGGAAAUUCAGCUUCCAAAAAUACGUUUGCAUAUUGGUUGGGGGGAGAUGAGAGUUCAUGUGUGUGCUCGACUAAUGGUCCUGCAGAAGAGUAUGAUAUCGCUUUUCCUAGAGCAGAGAUGAGUCAUUGUGAUGAUCAUGAAGUAGCUGUAUUCGUGACGAAAUCAGGUCAUACAUUCCAACAUCAACCUAAAAGAUCAUCACGUUCAAUGAAAUCCAAAAGGACUUCAAAUACCGAUAUCGAUUCAAGAUCAAAUACAUCUUGUCCUGAACCAUUAAUAUCAUGUCAAAUACAAGGUGAUUCUUCGAAUUAUCAAUGUAUAGAUCCUAAUUUCUCUUUGACUUCAUGCGGUGGUUGCAUUCAUGGUAACUUUGGUGAAUCAGCGACUUCAACAGCUGAAGACUGUACUGCCCUGCCUGGAGUAGCAGAAGGAGGCGUCAUUUGCUCUUCUGGUACAUGUAAAGCUUAUAGAUGUUUGGAUGGUUAUACAUUAACUGCCGGAAACACUUGCAUGAAAGCUUAA